GUCCGUGUUUACAGCCGUUGAUAUUUUCAACCCUAACAAGACCACUUUAGCGAUAAUAGCAGCGACACUAAACAUACCGCAAUACCUUAACUCAAUUAAAUCCCACACUUUAUCUCCAUCCCAAUAUACGACCAGCAAAUACAUGUUACAUCGGUACACCGAGACCCCUCCAACAUGCAGAGCCCAUGCGGGGUAACGCACCGCGCUGUAUAACCCGUUCAGGAAAAAAGAACCCCAUUCCCAUGCACGGUAUACUUAUCCGUCCCCACUGCCCUCGUACAUCUAAUACAAUCACAGCUCAGUAUAGCACCAUGAUAGACAUCUCCAAGAAUAUCAAAUGACAACUACAAAUAACGAUUAUACCAACCCCAUCCACAUACUUCCAACAACAAAUACUUCCCUAUUCUUAUCCAUGAUAACAAAACCAUGCCACCUAAGACAAUCAUAAUUGGCGCCGGCAUCGUCGGCGCAAACCUCGCCGACGAGCUCGUCUCUCGUGGAUGGAGAGACAUAACCGUCAUCGAACAAGGACCUCUCAAUCUCCCCGGUGGUUCGACUUCGCAUGCGCCCGGGCUAGUUUUUCAAACCAAUGGCUCGAAAACGAUGACGCAGCUUGCUCGGUAUACAGUCCAGAAGCUGGCCUCGAUCGAGAAAGAUGGGCAGAAUUGCUUUAACGACGUUGGUGGGUUGGAGGUUGCUACGACACCGGAACGGGCUGAGGAACUGAAGAGGAAGUAUGGAUACGCGAAGUCGUGGGGUAUUGAGGCAAGGCUCUUGAGCGCCCAGGAGUGUGCUGAGGUGUAUCCGCAUUUGAAUAAGGAGGUUGUGCUGGGUGGGCUGCAUACGCCCAAUGAUGGACUGGCACUUGCUGCGCGCGCGACACAGUUGCUUAUCGAACGGACUCGUCAGGCUGGUGUCCGGUAUCUUGAAUUAACGCCCGUUACCGGUAUUGAACAGACUAGUGGCCAUGUCACAGGAGUGACAACACCCAACGGUACCAUCCCUGCGGAUAUCAUCAUCUCCUGCGCCGGCUUCUGGGGCGUCGAGGUCGGCGCCAUGGCCGGUGUCUCAAUCCCCCUACUCCCACUAGCACAUCAAUACGCAAAAACAACCGCUGUUCCGGCACUCGCAAGUCGAGAAAUCAACACGCUUCCCAACGGCCGCAACGCAAUCCUCCCUAUCCUCCGCCACCAAGACCAGGAUCUCUAUUACCGCGAGCACGGCGAGCAGUAUGGCAUCGGGUACUACGGUCAUCGUCCAAUGCCAGUUCGCGCGGCAGACUUGGGCUUAACGCCAAAGCACAUUGAUGAACAGAAUAUGCCAUCUCGUUUGCAGUUCACGGCGGAGGACUUUGAGCCUGCGUGGAAGGCUUCGAAGGAGCUUUUACCGGCACUGCGCGAGACUGAACUUGCCGACGGAUUCAAUGGCAUCUUCUCAUUUACGCCAGAUGGCGGCCCGCUUAUUGGGCAAGCACCAAGUUUGGAUGGCUUCUAUGUCGCUGAAGCCGUAUGGGUGACACACUCCGCAGGCGUUGCAAGGGCUGUAGCGGAAAUACUCACAACAGGCGCAUCUCAGAUCGAUGUCGCAGAAUGCGAGCUAUCCCGCUUUGAAGAAGUGCAAAUGAGUCGGGAAUAUGUUGAUGAGACAUCGCAGCAGAAUUUCAUCGAGAUAUACGACAUCCUACACCCCCUACAACCCAGAGAAUCCCCCCGCAACCUCCGACUCAGUCCCUUCCACACCCGGCAAAGGGAGUUGGGAGCAUCUUUCCGCGAAGUUGGAGGCUGGGAGCAGCCGUCCUGGUACGACGCAAAUGCAGAGCUGCUCAAGAGCCUUCCAAAUGAGUGGAAACCCGUCGAGCGAGAUGCAUGGUCUGCGCGGUUCUACUCGCCUACCGCUGCGGUAGAGGCGUGGAAGACACGCAAUGCGGUUGCUGUUUAUGAUAUGACCACGUUUCAUCGGUUCGAGGUAUUUGGUCCGGGUGCUGUCGAUUUGCUGCAGCGGUUAGGCACGGGUGAUGUCACUGCGAAACCAGGGACUAUCACCUAUACUCUUUUCCUGAAUGAAGAUGGCCGCAUUCGUAGCGACAUUUUCGUAGCUAGACUCGACACAGACCUGUUCCAAGUUGGCGCGAACUCUGUUACCGAUCUAGCCUAUCUCACUCGCGAAGCACGCCUCCAAUCCCAGCACUCCCCGGCCCAAUGGGUCCGAGUCCGCGACAUCACCGGCAACACCUGCUGCAUCGGCCUUUGGGGGCCUCGCUCUUUCGAUAUCAUUAGAAAAAUCACAGCAGAUGACUUUUCCAAUAGCGCCCUUCCAUACAUGCAUGUGAAAAAGGCAACAAUCGCCGGCAUCCCGGUCACAGCAUUGCGCAAGUCCUACGUCGGGGAAUUUGGCUGGGAGAUCCAGACCAGUGCUGAAUAUGGUCAACGAUUAUGGGACGCUAUCUUUCACACAGGAAAACCGCAUGGACUUAUCGCAGCUGGCCGCAGUGCUUUCAAUGCGUUAAGGCUGGAGAAGGGGUAUCGCACUUUUGGCACCGACAUGACCGCCGAACACGACCCAUUUGAAGCUGGUGUUUCUUUUGCCAUUGUGGAUAAGAAAGUAAAUUAUGUCGGUAAAGCUGCCGUUGAUCAGCGCUCUAAACGACAACCAGCUCGGCGGCUACGCUGCCUCUCUAUCAACGACGGUCGUUCCAUGGCCCUUGGGAAAGAGCCCGUAUACUAUAACAACCAGGUUGUCGGGUAUGUCACCAAUGCAGCGUUCGGGUAUACAGUCCACAAGCCGAUUGCCUAUGCCUGGCUACCUGUGGCUGUGACCGAUGGCGAGACCGUCGAUAUCGAAUACUUCGGGCGCAAAAUCCAGGCUACCAUCACAUCCGAGCCACUGUACGACCCGCAGAUGAACCACCUACAUGGCACCAGCCCCAUUUCCGAGCCUCAGAAACCAUUGAAAUCUCGACUAUAACCGCAUACGGCAGUCCGGUGCGGGGAGUAUCGCAGUCCAUGGAAGGCGGCGCUUUCCUGCGCAGCGCACCAUAUCUUCGCCCACGGCUUUCUCCGUGGCAUCCCGAGGAGACCCGUUUUUACGACAGCGCAUUGAAAGUUCACGCUAGAGCAGACACCCUUGUCUUGUACUUUGACGCAGCCGGGACGGUCAUGGCGCUGAGAAGUGAAGAAGUACCUGACAAGCUGUACGAAGAUCCGAGGCAGUGCGGGAGGAGUUUCCCAUGAAGAGGAAUUGGAAUUAUCGUCGUUAGUUGUCAUCUUCCCGGCUGACAGGUCUUAUCGGAUCGUCUAUCUCCAAGAUAGGCACUUGGCAUCUAAUUGGCUUCUAGCACAGACUCGUUCGUAUCUUUGGGGU